AUGUCGAAAGUUGUGAGGAGCGUGAAGAAUGUCACCAAGGGCUAUUCUACAGUACAGGUAAAGGUCCGGAAUGCUACAAGUAACGACCCUUGGGGCCCAACGGGCACAGAGAUGGCUGAAAUUGCCGCUCUAACUUUCAGCAGUCCUAAUGAGUUCUAUGAAAUUGUGGAGAUGCUGGACAAGCGGUUAAACGACAAAGGAAAGAAUUGGCGUCAUGUUUUGAAAUCUCUCAAGGUUGUUGAUUAUUGCCUUCACGAAGGCUCGGAGCAGGUGGUGACUUGGGCGACAAAGAAUCUUUAUAUCAUUAAAACUCUCCGAGAGUUUCAGUAUAUUGAUGAAGAAGGGCGCGAUGUUGGCCAGAAUGUCCGAGUGGCCGCAAAGGAACUCACAUCCUUGCUCCUUGACGAAGACCGCUUGAGAAGCGAAAGAUCUGAUAGAAAGUUAUGGAAGUCACGAUUCGCUGGUAUGGACGACGGCAUGAGAGGCAUCGAGGGAGGCGACAUGACACACCGCCCACGACGACGCGAGCGCCCACAACGCCCCACUGAUGAUGAAGACGCCGAAUACAGACUCGCAAUAGAGGCAAGUAAAUAUGAAGCAGAAGAAGAUCGGAAACGCCGAGAAAAGAACGCUUCCAGAGACUUAGAGGACGACGAACUUGCCAAGGCUAUCAAACUGAGCAAAGAAGAGGAGGAGCUUCGGAGACGAGAGCUUGAGGAAAGCAAUGCUGCCUCUCUCUUUGACGACUCGGCUCCUCAGCCCGCCCAGCCGCAACCUACUGGCUAUAAUCAAGGCUACCAGCAGCAAGGCGCCGUAGACUGGUUUGGCAACCCCGUUGAUGCCCAACAACCAAUGACUACUGGUUUCUUAAAUAACCAAUAUUCACAACCUACUGGGUUCCAGCCACAGCAGACCGGCUUUGGAAAUGGAUUUCCAAACGGUUUCCAGCAACAACCAACCGCAUUCGACCAGCAGAAUUUCCUACAGCCACAACCUACGCUACAGCCACAACAAACAGCCUUUGCUGGUAACCCUUAUGGUAAUGAUCUUUUUGGUCAACAGCAACAACCGCAGCAGCAGCAGCAGCAGGACAACUUCCUUCAGCCUGGCUCCCAUAACCCAUGGGCUAUGAACCAGCAGAAGCCGGCUGAUGCGUUGAAACCAGCACCCACUGGCUCCAACAACCCGUUCGCAUCCUCUUUCACACGUGCCCAAGCUCAACAAUCCCAGGUGCAAAAUACCGGGCCACCAUCUCUCAACACCCUUGCCGAACAGAAAACCGCAGCUCAAUUUAACAACCCCAUCAUGAACUACCACGCGCCUCAGCAACAGCAGCAGCAGCAGCAGCAGCAGCAGCAGCAGCAGCCCAUGGGUAACCAACAACAAAUCAAUCAAAACCCACAACACGCUCGUCUAAACGCCCUCCUUGCUACCGGUGACGGCCAGGAUACCUUCGGUAACGUAGGCGAUCUACGUAUUCCUGCUCAACAUACCGCUCCUGGUAUUUUUGUUAACUCUGCUGGGUCUGGGCUUAACCAACUCCAAGCCUCUAGGACAGGCAAUAACCCGUUCCUCUCCCAAAAUUUCACCGGUGCUCCUCAGCAACAGAACAAUGCUGGUUUUGGAUCGCAGCAAGGAUUUGCGCGUCCGAAUCAGCAGGGCAGUAAUAACCUUAUUGACCUGUGA